AUGGCUGUAGAACAAGGGGCAAAUGCGAUAACUGAAGCAGUGAAAGCACUGUUCGGAUUAGUGAGAGGGGAGGUAGCAGCAGUUAAGGAGGAGCUGGCCGCAGUUAAGGAGGUGGUGGUACGGCAGAAGGAGCGAGUGGUGAUGCUGGAGGAGAGGAAUCAGGUGUUGGAUAAUGAGGUGAAUGAGUGGAGGCGUGCUGUGGGGGAGAAGAGUGCGGCGGCUGCUGCUGUGGUGGAGAUGAGGGGGGACGAGUUGGCACUAGUGAAAGAGCAGUUGAGUGGAGUGAGGGAGGAGUUGGCUGAACACAAGGCUACACACAUGGUGAAAGAGGCGAUGGAGAUGAGAAUGCGGGUUCUUGGCGUGCAGCUGGAAGAGACAAGGAGGGAGUUGGCUGCAGUGAAGGGGGAAUUAGCUGAACACAAGAGCGUUGUUACAGGGCGAGCAGAGGAGGUGAUCAGAGCCAAAGGGGAGUUGGAGGAGGCUGAGAGGAGACAAAUGGCAGAGAUGAGGGAGAUGAGAGGGCAGGUGAAGUGGGGGGAGAGGGAGCUGGCAGCAGUGAGGGGGGAGUUGGCUGCGGUGAAAGGAGAGCUGGCUGAACACAAGGAAGUUAUGGCAGAGCAAGUGGAGGCUAAAAAGGAGCUGAGUGAGCUUAGGGAAGAAUUGACAGCGUUGAGUGGAGAUUUGAGGGGGCAGACGAAUAUUCUGAAAUGUCAUUUGGAGGAAGCUGAGAGACGAAGAGCAGAGGAUUUGAGUGAGCUGAAAGGAGAGGCGGAGGAGAGGGAGAGAACUCUGGCAGCUUUAAAGGGGGAGUUGGAGGAGGCUGAGAGGAGAAAAGUGGCAGAGAUGAGGGAGAUGAGGGGAGAGGUGGAGGAGACGAAGAGGGGUUUGGAAGAGGCUGGGAGGAGACGAGUGGUGGAGAUGAGAGGGCAGGUGGAGGAGAGGGAGAGAGAACUGGCAGCAGUGAAGGGGAAAUUGGCUUUACACGAGGAUGUUAUCAGCCAAGAUCCAAAGUUGACUGUUGAGCUGAAAAUCAGGGACAGUGAAGGGAACACGAAGACUGUGUGGGAGGUGAGUGCUCAAUGA